UCUCGUUUCUCCCACUGUUCUCGUUUCUUCCAUCAUCUCUCUCGCUUGUUAUACCUGCUUCUCUUAUUUCACUUUCGAGCUCUGAACCUCUCUCUUUCUCUGUACAACUUGUGCCACCAUGGAUGAAGAAUACGACGUUAUUGUUCUCGGAACAGGUCUCAAGGAAUGCAUUCUCAGUGGUCUUCUCUCUGUCAAUGGACUCAAAGUAUUGCACAUGGACAGGAAUGACUACUAUGGAGGAGAAUCAACCUCACUUAAUCUCAUCCAGCUUUGGAAGCGAUUCAGGGGUAAUGACAAGCCACCGGAACAUCUGGGCUCAAGCAGAGAGUACAAUGUUGAUAUGAUUCCUAAGUUUAUGAUGGCCAAUGGUGCUUUGGUACGAGUCCUCAUCCACACUGAUGUCACUAAAUAUCUAAACUUUAAGGCUGUUGAUGGUAGUUUUGUGUACAAUAAAGGACAGAUUCAUAAAGUACCAGCUACUGAUGUAGAAGCAUUGAAAUCCCAACUCAUGGGAUUAUUUGAAAAGCGUCGGGCACGGAAGUUCUUUAUUUAUGUGCAAGAUUAUGAAGAGAAUGAUCCAAAGUCUCAUGAAGGGCUGGACCUCAACAAAGUUACAGCAAGAGAUGUUAUUUCAAAAUAUGGACUAGAAGACAAUACGGUUGACUUUAUUGGUCAUGCUUUGGCAUUGCAUAUAGAUGAUAAAUACUUGGAUGAGCCUGCAAUGGAUUUUGUAAAGAGAAUUAGGCUGUAUGCAGAGUCUCUGGCACGCUUUCAAGGAGGAUCCCCAUAUAUCUAUCCGCUAUAUGGAUUAGGAGAACUGCCCCAGGCAUUUGCUCGAUUAAGUGCUGUAUAUGGUGGCACCUACAUGCUCAACAAGCCAGAAUGCAAGGUAGAGUUUGAUGAAAAUGGAAAAGCAUUUGGUGUCACAUCUGAAGGAGAAACUGCUAGAUGUAAGAAGGUUGUCUGUGAUCCUUCUUAUUUGCCUGACAAGGUUCAAAAGGUUGGAAGAGUUGCUCGUGCUAUAUGUAUUAUGAGCCAUCCUAUCCCAAACACCAGUGACUCUCACUCAGUUCAGGUUAUCUUGCCACAGAAACAACUUGGGCGUAAAUCAGAUAUGUACUUGUUCUGCUGCUCCUAUGCACACAAUGUAGCUCCAAAAGGGAAAUACAUUGCUUUUGUUUUAGCAGAAGCAGAAACUAACGAACCAGAAGUAGAAUUGAAGCCUGGCAUAGAACUACUCGGGCCUGUAGAGGAGAUGUUUUUUGAUAUUUAUGACCGAUAUGAACCCAUCAACAAGCAAGAUGUUGACAAUUGUUACAUAUCCACUAGUUAUGAUGCCACAACGCACUUUGAGUCUACAGUAAAAGAUGUAAUUUCCAUGUACAGCCGGAUAACUGGAAAGGAUCUUGAUCUUUCUGUGGAUCUGAGUGCUGCCAGUGCAGCUGCUGAAGAAUGAAAGUUGAUGUCUUUCUUACAUCCUAGAAGCAUUACUGGAGGAGCUCUAAAGGCAUUUUUUGUUGCUUUUUCUUUUAUUUAAGCUUUGAUUCUUCACUGCAUUGCCCUUGAAUUGAUUUAUCAUUUCCUAUGUUCAAGAACGGAUACCUUAUUUGGCAAUGUAAUUAUGAGAUCUCUGUAGUUGAUUCAACAGAUUUCUAUUUCCAGCUCCUGCUGGAAGUUUGUCAGUACAGAAAACAAGUGGCAGAUAAAAGUUCAUGUGGGUGUUUUUGUC